AUGGCUUCGUUCUGGGAUGAGGCCCAGCACAGUGGGGAUUUCGAGGGCCUCCUGGCUGAGCAGCGGCUUCUCGAGGAGCGUGUCGAGCAUGGAGUGUCCCGAGUGACGUUUGCUGAGUUUUCCGUCCUACUCGAGGAUACGCUGGCCUCCUUGGAAAAGCGCUUCGACCGUUGGGUAGGACCUGAACGGAUGACCCAAAGCGCGUUGGCCUUUGAAAAAAACAUCUGGGCGCACCAGGAGGGCUGCCCUCCACACCGUCGCAGCAGAGGACUUGGUGCGAUUAUGUGCUAUUGGAUGCGGUAG